AUGGUUAUUGGUUUGGAAUAUAUGAGCUACGGGCAGGUCCUGCCCUUCUUGUUUGCCAUUCAUGAGAUCAACCAGAAUCCAAGGGUGUUACCCAACAUCACUCUGGGCUACAACAUCUAUGAGAACUUUUUCAAUGCAAGAAUGACCUACGAGGCCAUGAUGGACUUGCUGUCUACAGGACAGGAGAGUGUCCCAAACUACAGUUGUGGAAGACAAACAAAUCUGGUGGCUGUGGUUGAAGGGACUGAUUCUGAGCUCUUUAAUCAUGUGUCAACCAUGUUAGGCAUCUACAAAAUCCCACAGGCUGUAUUGUGGGUCCUCAAUGCUGCCUACUCCUCCCAACUGAGCCAGAGGAAGAUUGGAGAUCGUUUGACGCCCCAGCUGGUACAGCCAUGGCAGCUUCAUCCUUUCCUGAGAAAUUUCCAGCUUUACAAUCUUUCCAUGGAUGGUGUUUAUCUGGAUGAGAACGGAGAUCCUGCUGUUGAUUUUGAUAUUGUGCACUGGACAAUAUUGCCCAACGUAUCUACUGCUGAGGUGAAAGUUGGCAGUAUAAAAAAAGAGGCUUCCUCAGAAGUCAAGCUGUCCAUCACUCCAAGGGCCAUCAUGUGGCCAACAUCAUUCAGUCAGAAGGUGCCUUUGUCCAGAUGUACUGAAAGUUGUCUCCCAGGAUACACCAAGCUCACGAGAGAGGGAGCACCCGUUUGCUGCUAUGACUGUUCUCCAUGUACAGAAGGAAUGAUUUCCACACAAGAAGAUGCAGCCCAUUGUGAAAAGUGUCCAGAUGACCAGCAUUCCAAUAAGAAGCGAGAUCGAUGUGUCCCAAAAGUUAUAACUUUUUUGUCCUACCAAGAAACAUUGGGUCUCAUCCUGGCCAUCUGUGCUCUUACUUUGACCCUAACCACUGCCUUUGUUCUGGGAAUCUUCAUUAAAUACCAAGAAACUCCCAUAGUCAAAGCCAACAACCGGGACUUCACCUAUCUGCUCCUGGUUUCCCUCCUCCUUUCCUUCUUGACCUCUCUUCUAUUCAUCGGUCACCCCAAGAAAGUGAAUUGCCUUCUUCGACAAACCACCUUCAGUGUUGUUUUCUCAGUUGCUGUGUCUUCCUUGCUGGCCAAGACUGUCAUGGUGGUAGUGGCAUUUCUGGCCACAAAGCCAGGCAGCAGGAUGAGGAAAUGGCUGGGGAAGACUCUGGCCAACUCCAUUGUCUUGUCCUGCUCUGGAGUUCAGGUGGGCAUCUGCAUGAUAUGGCUGGGAAUCUCUCCCCCAUUCCCAGAUUCUGACCUGCAUUCCCAACCAGGGCACAUCCUGCUGCAGUGCAAUGAAGGUUCCGUCACCAUGUUCUACACUGCCCUUGGCUACAUGGGUUUUCUGGCCACCAUCUGCUUCUUGGUGGCUUUCCUGGCCCGAAAGCUGCCAGGGAGCUUCAAUGAAGCCAAGUUGAUCACCUUCAGCAUCAUGUUGGUUUUCUGCAGUGUUUGGAUCUCCUUUGUUCCCACCUAUCUAAGCACGAAAGGGAAAUAUAUGGUGGCUGUGCAGAUCUUCUCCAUCCUGGCCUCCAGCCUGGGCUUACUGGGCUGCAUCUUUGUCCCCAAAUGCUACAUCAUUAUCCUGAGACCUGACGUGAACACAAAGGAGCAUCUGAUGAUGAAAAUUAAUGUGGGGUCCAGAUUUUAA